UAUACGCGUAUACUAUAUUAUAAUGUUAUGUAUAUAAUUAUGUAUUAUUACCAAUUAUAAUGUUGACGACGAAAACGCGGUUAGAACCUAACGACAUAGUUCAAAAGCUACACAUUACGCAAACCUACGACGGACUUUGCUUACGUGUACUUUAGUGUGUCCGUAUCCUAGUUUCACCGUGGAGAUUCCUGUGCUGCCGCUUCUUUUGGAGUUGCGUUCGUUCGAGUAAUAUACAAUAUUUACGAUCGUACAGUUAUGCUAUUAUAAUUAAUAAUUAUUAUUGUAAUUGGACGGGUAUUAAGCAUCGUCUCCAUGGCCGAAGUCAAGUACAAGUUCGAAGCCGUGAUGAUUGUCUCCGGAGCGUUCAUGUUGCUGACCAUGUACAAUCUGCCGGUAUCCAGUUACUUCAAAACUAUUAUAUAUUACAGAUGUUUCCGACGAACUACCAUUCAACUAUUGGUGCCUUUGAUCUUUCAAAUACUUAUACCCACAUACAACGAUGGUGACGAAGAUGAUGGGUCAGUGCUGUUUUGGAUCUUAGACAUUAUCGAAUACUCGAUGUAUUUCACAACUGUAUACCUCGUCAAUAGAUUAAUAAUUUUGAUGGACUUGUUUUGAGAACGAAAUUAACGUAUUACACGAUAAAUUACUAUUUGCACCAUGAACUUACGAAAGUUUUAUGGUACGAGGAAUUAUAGGACAUAAUAUAAGGUGGUACUUUUAUCACAAUAAAAUGUUGUUUUUAUUUAUUAU